AUGGCUCUAGCACAGCGGCUGCGGGUGCUGUCGCUCGCGACUCGGUUGCUCCUGGCGCCCCGACGGAACCUGGCUGUCCGCGGUCCGGACGAGCCCCUGCCGGUGGUGCGCAUUCCGGUGGCUCUACAGCGGCGGCAGGAACAGCUGCAGAGCAGGCGGCGGAGCUGCCGGACUCCGGUGCUAGUGCGACCUGGACCGUUGCUGGUCUCGGCGCGGCGGCCAGAGUUUAACCAGCCGGCGCGCCUCACGCUGGGCCGCUGGGAGUGCGCGCCGCUCGCCUCGCGUGGCUGGAGGAGUCGGCGCGCGCGUCGGGACCACUUCUCCAUCGAGCGCGCGCAACGCGAGGCGCCAGCGCUGCGGAACCUCUCGUCCGAGGAAGGCAGCUUCGCGGAUCUGGGUCUGGAGCCCCGUGUGCUGCGCGCACUCCAGGAGGCUGCUCCCGAAGUGGUUCGGCCCACAACCGUGCAGUCCAGCACCAUCCCCCCGCUACUUCGCGGCCGCCACAUCCUCUGCGCUGCGGAAACCGGCAGUGGCAAGACUCUCAGCUACCUAUUACCGCUGCUUCAACGGCUUGUGGGCCGGCCAAGCCUGACAAGCCGGCCAAGCCUGGACUCCCGCCAUAUCCCUGCUCCCCGAGGCCUGGUCCUCGUGCCUUCCCGAGAAUUAGCCGAACAGGUGCGGGCCGUGGCCCAGCCCUUGGGCAGCUCCUUGGGCCUGCAGGUGCAAGAACUAAUGGGAGGCCGUGGCAUGCGUAGGAUGAGGCUGCAGCUGUCCAAACAGUCUUCAGCAGAUGUGCUAGUAGCCACUCCCGGGGCUCUGUGGAAGGCCCUGAAAGGUAGACUGAUCAGCCUGGACCAGCUCUCCUUCUUGGUGUUGGAUGAAGCAGACACGCUGCUGGAUGAAAGCUUCCUGGAACUGGUGGACUACAUCUUGGAGAAGAGCCGUAUAGCAGAAGGCCCAACUGACUUGGAAGACCUCUUCAAUCCCAAAGCUCAGUUAGUGCUGGUGGGAGCCACAUUUCCUGAAGGUGUAGGCCAGUUGCUGAGUAAGGUUGCCAGCCCAGACUCUCUCACCACCAUCACCAGCUCCAAGCUCCACUGUAUCAUGCCUCAUGUCAGACAGACAUUUAUGAGGUUGAAGGGAGCAGAAAAGGUGACUGAGUUGGUGCAGAUCCUCAAGCAUCAUGACAAAGCACACAGGACUAGACCCUCAGGAGCUGUCCUGGUGUUCUGUAAUAGCUCUAGCACUGUGAACUGGCUGGGAUAUAUUCUGGAUGACCACAAAAUCCAACACUUAAGGCUGCAGGGGCAAAUGCCAGCCUCAAUGAGGGCAGGCAUCUUCCGGUGCUUCCAGAAGGGCUCCCGAGAUGUACUUCUCUGCACAGACAUAGCCUCUCGGGGCCUGGACAGCAUCCAUGUGGAGCUGAUUGUCAAUUAUGAUUUCCCCCUCACCUUGCAAGAUUACAUCCACAGAGCAGGGAGGGUGGGCCGUGUGGGGAGUGAGGUUCCGGGCACUGUCAUCAGCUUUGUAACCCAUCCCUGGGAUGUGAGCCUGGUUCAGAAGAUCGAGCUGGCAGCUCGCCGAAGGAGAAGCCUUCCAGGACUAGCGUCCUCAAUAAGAGAGCCGUUGCCUCAGCAAAGCUGAUUUUGGCUAGCUUAAAAGUGAUGGCAGAACAGG